UCCCGGCCGCGCCGCAGCCCCCGCCAGCUGUCUUUCCCGCACCCCUGCGGGCUCCUCCACGCCGUACGUGGGCGCGCCCGCCGAGAAGGGCCGCCGCCACGGAUACUUUCUCAGCUGUCUGUGAGAAUGUAAGAUGGAUCCAGAAGAGCAGGAGCUGUUAAAUGAUUAUAGAUACAGAAAUUACUCUUCAGUGAUUGAAAAGGCUUUAAGAAAUUUUGAAUCUUCAAGUGAGUGGGCGGAUCUCAUAUCUUCACUUGGCAAGCUCAACAAGGCUCUGCAGAGUAACCUGAGAUAUUCCCUGUUGCCCAGACGGCUUAUCAUCAGCAAGAGACUAGCUCAGUGUUUGCAUCCUGCUCUGCCCAGUGGUGUGCACUUAAAAGCCCUAGAAACCUACGAGAUUAUCUUUAAAAUCGUGGGGACCAAAUGGCUGGCCAAGGACCUGUUCCUCUACAGCUGCGGGUUGUUCCCUCUCCUGGCACACGCGGCAAUGUCGGUGAGGCCCGUGCUGCUCGGCCUGUACGAGAAAUACUUCCUCCCGCUGCAGAAGCUGCUCCUGCCCAGUCUGCAGGCCUUUAUCGUCGGCCUGCUGCCCGGCCUCGAGGAGGGCUCCGAGAUCUAUGACAGAACAGACGCUUUGCUCCUGAGACUGUCGCUGGUAGUUGGCAAAGAGGUGUUUUACGCCGCGCUCUGGGGCAGCGUCCUGCUGAGCCCGUCCAUUCGCCUUCCCGCCUCGCUCUUCGUGGUGGGCCACAUCAACAGGAGCCACCCUGGCAAGGAGCAGAAGUACAUGCUGGGGACCGAUUACCAGCUCACGGUGAAAUCUUUAUGUGCUUCACUGUUGGAUUCAAAUGUUCUCGUGCAAAGAAAUAAUCUGGAAAUCGUUCUGUUUUUCUUCCCCUUUUAUACUUGUCUGGAUUCCGAUGAGAGAGCCAUCCCCCUCCUCAGAUCUGACAUCGUGCAUAUUCUCUCAGCCGCCACCCAGACCCUACUGAGAAGGGACAUGUCUCUGAACAGAAGACUCUAUGCGUGGUUACUAGGCUCAGACAUUAAAGGAAAUACCAUUGUGCCGGAAUCUGAAAUCUCAAAUUCUUACGAAGACCAAUCAUCUUAUUUUUUUGAAAAAUACUCCAAGGAUCUUUUAGUUGAGAGCCUUGCUGAGAUAUUGCACCAGAAGUUCGUAGAUGCUGAUGUUGAGGAACGCCAUCACGCCUACCUGAAGCCUUUCCGCAUCCUCGUCAGUUUGCUUGACAAGCCAGAAAUAGGGCCCCAAGUGGUUGGGAAUUUGUUUCUGGAAGUCAUCAGGGCCUUUUACUCUUACUGUAGAGAUGCCCUUGGCUCUGAUCUUCAACUUAGCUACACUCAGAGUGGAAAUUCCCUGAUAAGUACAAUCAAAGAAAACAGAAAUGCCUCUGAGAUUGUUAAAACCGUGAAUCUGCUGAUCACUUCCCUAAGCACAGACUUUCUCUGGGAUUAUAUGAUGAGGUGCUUUGAGGAAUGCUUUAGGUAAGUAAGUAUGCAGUUCAGGAUUACAGAAUAUUUAGGAAGAGCGAAAGGUGUUUUUGAAAUCUUCAAUCUUCUUAAAUUCUUACUGAAAUUAAUCAAAUUAGAACUUUACUCGGAGGUGCAAACCCAGUAUCUUCCGCAGGUGCUCAGCUGCCUGGUGCAGCCUCUUGCUGAGGAAAUGGAGGCCUUAAGUUUACCUGAACUCACUCAGGCCUUGAAGACGUGUUUCAAGGUGCUCAGCAAAGUUCAAAUGCCGCCUUCCUACCUAGACACAGAGUCUACAAGUGGAACCUCGAGUCCAGUAAAAGGUGAAAAUGGCAAAAUAAUUUUGGAAACAAAGGUAGUGAUUCCCAGUGAUGAAGACACUUCCUUCCCCCCACUGAAAUCCGAGGACAGUGGGAUUGGGCUCAGUGCCUCCUCGCCAGAGCUCUCUGAACACUUGAGGGUUCCUCGAGUCUCUCCUGAAAGAGACGACGUUUGGAAGAAGGGUGGAAUCAUGCAGAGGACGUUUCUUUGCAUCCAAGAGCUAAUUGCCAACUUUGCCAGCAAGAACAUUUUUGGAGUACAGCUCAUGGCAUCUGGAGAGGAAAGGAAGUCUGAAGUGCCUGCGGGGAAGAGGGACAAGGGUGGGACACAGAGCCUGGCUGUCGAGAACUCCAGCAGGAAGAACUCGUGGGAGGCCAAGCCCAUCACCGUGCCCCAGUUUAAGCAGAUGCUUUCAGACUUAUUCACAGCACGAGGGUCUCCAUUUAAGACAAAAAGUUCAGAGUCACCGUCCUCUUUGCCCAAUAGCCCUGGCAGAAAAAAGGGGGAAGAAUGGGACGUUGACCAGGUGGUCAUUGACCUGGGGGGCUCUGGGAAGGACUGCAGGGAGGCCUUUGCUGCUGCCUGCCACCUGCUGCUGGACUGCGCCACCUUCCCCAUCUACCUGUCCGAGGAAGAGACCGAGCAGCUCUGUGAAACGCUCUUCCAGCUUCCGGGAGCCAACGAUUCCGGUUUCCCAUCUUGGCUGAAAUCCCUUAUGACCCUUUGCUGCUGUGCGUCGGACUGCUACCUCCAGAAUGUGGCCAUUUCCACUCUGCUGGAAGUGAUAAACCAUUCCCAGUCCCUCGCGCUUGUCAUCGAAGACAAGAUGAAACGCUAUAAAAGCUCCGGACACAACCCAUUUUUUGGCAAGCUGCAGAUGGUGACUGUUCCUCCCAUCGCUCCAGGGAUAUUGAAAGUCGUUGCAGAGAAAACAAACUUCUAUCAGAGGGUGGCUCGUGUGCUCUGGAACCAGCUGAACAAGGAGACGCGGGAACAUCAUGUCACCUGUGUAGAACUGUUCUACCGGCUGCACUGCCUGGCCCCGACGGCCAACAUCUGCGAGGACAUCAUCUGCCACACCCUCCUGGACCCGGACAAGGGAACCAGGUUGGAAGCUCUGUUUAGAUUUUCCGUGAUCUGGCACCUGACGAGAGAGAUCCAAGGCAGUCGAGUGACAUCUCACAAUCGCUCCUUUGAUCGGUCCCUGUUCGUCGUGCUGGACAGCCUGGCCUGCGCAGAUGGUGCCAUCAGCGCAGCAGCCCAGGGCUGGCUGGUGCGUGCACUCUCCCUUGGGGAUGUGGCACGCAUCCUUGAACCCGUGCUCCUGCUCCUCCUCCAGCCCAAAACCCAGAGAACCUCCAUCCACUGCCUCAAGCAGGAGAACUCAGCCGAGGACUUGCAUCGUUGGUUCAACAGGAAGAAAACUUCUUUCAAGGAGACGUGUGGGGUGUCUGAGCCUCAAGAAGGCGGCUCCGAGGAGCACCUGCCCCUGAGCCAGUUCACCACGGUAGACCGCGAAGCCAUGUGGGCCGAGGUGGAGAAGGAGCCCGAGAAGUGCCCUCCGAGAGGCGAGCUGAGCGACGAGGACCUGCCCUACUACGUGGACCUUCCGGACAGGACGGCCCACAGCGGCCCGGACAGCAGUGAGCACACCGAGUCUGCAGACACGAGCUCCGGCCACACAGACAGCGAGAACACGUCCUCCUUUUCGUCCCCCUCGCACGACCCGCAGGAGCUGAGCAACGAGGAGAACUGCUGUGCACCCAUCCCCCUGGGGGGCCGGGCGUACCCCAAGCGCUCGGCCUUGCUGGCGGCCUUCCAGUCAGAAAGCUUCAAGUCCAGCACCAAGUUAAGCCUGGCGCGGGUGGACUCGGACAAGACCCAGGCUUCAGAGUCGUUCUCCAGCGACGAGGAGGCCGACCUGGAGCUCCAGGCCCUCACCACGUCCCGGCUGCUGAAGCAGCGGCGGGAAAGGCAGGAGGCCAUCGAGGCCUUGUUCAAGCACAUCCUGCUCUACCUGCAGCCCUACGACUCUCGGCGGGUUCUCUACGCCUUCUCGGUGUUAGAGGCCGUGCUCAAAACUAACCCUAAGGAGUUCAUUGAGGCCGUGUCCAAGACCAGCAUGGACACCAGCUCCACCGCACACCUCAAUCUCAUCUCCAACCUCCUUGCUCGCCACCAGGAGGCCCUCAUCGGCCAGAGCUUCUAUGGAAAGCUCCAGACCCAGGCCCCCAAUGUGUGCCCCCACUCCCUGCUCCUCGAGCUCCUCACCUACCUUUGUCUGAGCUUCCUGCGCUCCUACUACCCUUGCUACCUGAAGGUCUCCCACCGAGACAUACUCGGCAACCGGGACGUGCAGGUCAAAAGCGUCGAGGUUUUGAUUCGGAUAAUGACGCAGCUGGUCUCAGUGGCCAAGUCUUCUGAGGGGAAGAACGUGGAGUUCAUCCACAACCUGCUGCAGAGGUGCAAAGUUCAGGAGUUUGUCCUGCUCUCGCUGUCGGCGUCCAUGUACACGAGCCAGAAGCGCUACGGGCUGGCCACCGCCGACCGCGGCAGGGCGCUGCCCGAGGACAGCCUCUUUGAGGAGAGUCUCAUCAACUUGGGUCAGGACCAGAUCUGGAGCGAGCACCCACUGCAGAUCGAGUUGCUCAAGCUCCUACAGGUGCUGAUUCUCUUGGAGCACCACCUGGGUCGGGUCCACGAGGAGGCGGAAAACCAGCCAGACUUGACCCGGGAGUGGCAGAAGGCCCUAAACUUCCAGCAGGCCAUCAGCGCCCUGCAGUACGUGCAGCCCCACCCACUCACGUCCCAGGGCCUGCUGGUGUCCGCGGUGGUGAGGGGCCUGCAGCCCGCCUACGGCUAUGGCAUGCACCCAGCCUGGGUGAGCUUGGUCACGCAUUCCUUGCCCUACUUUGGAAAGUCCCUGGGCUGGACAGUGACGCCCUUCAUUGUCCAGAUUUGCAAAAACUUGGACGAUCUGGUCAAGCAGUAUGAAAGCGAAUCCGUGAAGCUCUCUGUCAGCACAACCUCCAAGAGGGAAAACAUUUCUCCGGAUUAUCCACUGACUCUUUUGGAAGGUCUAACCACCAUUAGUCAUUUUUGUCUUUUGGAACAACCCAACCAAAACAAAAAGACCACUGCUGUAGGUGAUCCUGCCAACCUGAGAAAUGCCAGGAAUGCCAUUUUGGAAGAGCUGCCUCGAAUCGUUAACACCAUGGCCCUGCUCUGGAAUGUUCUCAGGAAGGAGGAGACUCAAAAGAGACCUGUCGAUCUCCUGGGCGCCACCAAGGGAUCCUCUUCUGUUUACUUCAAAACCACGAAGACCAUAAGACAAAAAAUUUUAGACUUCUUAAACCCCUUGACAGCCCAUCUAGGGGUUCAGUUAACAGCGGCUGUCGCAGCAGUAUGGAGCAAAAAGAAAGCUCAGCGUCACAGCAAGACGAAGAUCGUCCCGGUGGCAAGCGCUUCCCAGCUGACCCUUGUCGACCUGAUCUGUGCGCUCAGCACCCUGCAGACCGACACGCUGCUGCACCUGGUGAAAGAGGUGGUGAAGAGGCCACCGCAAAUCAAAGGGGACGAGAAAUCACCCCUAGCAGAUAUUCCUGUGUUGCAGUUUUGCUAUGCUUUCAUCCAAAGUCAGGAAGUCACUCAGAAAAUCCUAGAAGCUGUGGGGAACAUUGCUGGCUCUUCCUUGGAACAAACUAGCUGGCUGACACACAAAUGCCUCUUUCUGUUUGUAGAUGCUGCUGCAGCUUCAGCAAUGGUGUCUGCUUCCGCCCCUUCGUUGUACAGCGUGCAGGCCCUCUCUCUCCUGGCAGAGGUUCUGGCUUCUCUCCUGGACAUGGUUUAUCGAAGUGACGAGAAAGAAAAAGCAGUGCCUUUAAUCUCCCGAUUGCUUUAUUAUGUUUUUCCUUACUUACGCAAUCACAGCGCCUACAACGCUCCCAGCUUCCGGGCGGGCGCCCAGCUGCUGAGCUCACUGAGCGGCUACGCCUACACCAAACGCGCCUGGAAGAAAGACGUCCUCGAACUGUUCAUGGACCCCGCUUUCUUUCAGAUGGACACCUCUUGUGUUCACUGGAAGUCCAUUAUCGACCAUCUUUUGACUCAUGAGAAAACAAUGUUUAAGGAUUUAAUGAAACGCCUGACAGACAAUCUCAGAGUUGGACAGACACCCACAGUUGCUGCUCAGAUGUUUCUUUUUUUCAGAGUUUUGCUGCUAAGAAUAUCGCCUCAACAUUUGACUUCAUUGUGGCCGAUAAUGGUCUCUGCAUUGAUUCAGACAUUCAUAGAGCUUGAAGAAGAUCUGAAAGAGGAAGAUGAGUCAUUGAGGAGCAACAACAAAAUAAAGAGAAUGAAAGUGUCAGUUCCAGAUGGAAGUGGGCCCUCGCUGGGGGAGAUAGCCCAGAGUGAGCUCCUUUUGUAUUUAUCAGCUUGCAAGUUCUUGGACACAGCUCUUUCUUUUCCACCCGACAAGAUGCCUUUAUUUCAAAUUUAUAGAUGGGCAUUUGUUCCAGAAGUGGACACAGAAGAUCCUGCCUUCCUGUCAGAUCUAGAGGAGAAUCACCAAGAAUGCAAACCUCAUACUGUCAGGAUUCUAGAACAUCUAAAAUUAAAAUAUGGGGAAAUCAGCAGCUCUGAUGAGAUCACCGUGAAGAGUGAAUUCCCUCUUCUGCGCCAACAUUCUGUUUCCAGCGUCAGGCAGCUGAUGCCAUUCUUCACGACUCUAAACUGUGCUUUUAAAGCCCAAAGGCAGCUGUCUGCUGAGACCUCAGGAGCUCCAUGGUUAGAGUUUCCUGCCACAGAGAGCUUAAGGGUCUUAAAACAACUGGAAGAAUGUGUCGAAUACGAUUUUUUGGAACAUCCGGAAUGUUAACCCUAUGAGAGAAUUUGUUUAAUUCAUUUAUUGGUACUUGAGUGAAAAUCAGGAUAUAUUCCAAACAAGAAAGGAGCCAGGAUUGUGCUUUUAAACACAUCUGUUUCAAUUUUGAAAGUAGAUUUCAGAUAAUUUUCUGUUCAGCAACAAAACACACCUCCCUAAAUGCCUUGUAAUAUAUUUGGAUCUGAUUCUCUGUUUCUUGCUCAAUUUAUGCAAUGAAAAUAAAGUUAAUGUAUCAUCUAACAGUAGCACAAAAUUUAUAAUAUGAAGAGAAUGAAGAAGUCAG